AUGGUGUCAUCUGGUGACAGCGGAUUCAAGACUGUUUACAAACGGAGACGGACGCACGGCGCGUCUCUCUCUCUUCCAGACGCGCUCACACCGGUUAGACAGCGGCAGACAGCCAGGCACAGAAAACAGAAACUCAUGUCCAAACUGAGUGACUCAGGUUUCGAGGAAGAUUUGGGAUCCUCCCCGAUUUCACCUCCGGCUCGGACAAAUGUGUCCCCGCUCCGUUUAGAUGAACCGGAGCCUCCUGCAGAGCAGCUGUCCAGCUGGUACCUCCAGUACGGAGACAUCGGUUACAGUAUCCAGAGGGAGAGGGAGGCGCAGUUUCAUCCCUGCAACAGCUUGGCACGCCAGCCACAACUGAAUGAAGAGGCACGGUGUAAGCUUGUGAGCUGGCUCAUCCCUGUACAUAAACAUUUCCGUCUGUCCUUUGAGUGCUGCUGCCUAGCAGUGAACAUCAUGGACAGGUUCUUGGCAUCGACCGCGGUGGCUGCUGACUGCUUCCAGCUACUGGGUGUUACUGCACUUCUUCUCGCCAGUAAACAGGUGGAAGUUUGCUCACCACGGAUCAGCCAUCUCUUGUCACUGUGCUGCGAUGCCUUCACUAAAGAGCAGCUCUGCAACCUGGAGUGCCUCAUCCUCCUCCGUCUCGAUUUCCAGCUCGCUGCACCCACCCUGGCCUUUUUCCUGGACUAUUACAUCAACUGCAUUGAGGCUGCGCAGCUUCUGACUGAGAACGCAGGUGGCGACAGGUUUGCAAGAAUGAAUCUAGACACAAAAAGCCCCAGGCAGUGCAGCAACCUUGCACGAAAGGUAUGCGAGUUGAGUUUAGCAGACUAUGCAUUUAACAAAUACCCACCAUCUCUGACUGCUAGCUGUGCACUGAGGCUAGCCAGUGAGUUACUGAAAACUGAACAAGGGCUUGUUGAUGCAACCACCCAGUCACAGGAAGACCGGUGGGACAGUUUUGUGAAUGCAUUAUGUACCCAACCUGUAGGUCAGGAGAACUACAACCACAACCUGGCCCGGGAGUGCAAGGACAACCUGAAGCUGUUGGUGUCAUUAAACCACGAGAUAUUGGAGCUGAUGUCCACUAUGUGACUGCAGCAUGCCACAACUGGCAAAAUGCCAAAUUCCCCUCCACUGUUGGGGUUUAUUAUUCUAGGGGUUAUUUUAACAAACACAGAAGAAACACAGAAGUGAGAAUAAAGUGCCCCAUUUAUAUGUGUUAAGAUGAAGGUGAU